GGCAAGACUGCGAGCUGCGGGGUGUCUGAAACAAUCUCUUCAUCGUCUAGCAGGCUUACUUGAUCUUCUAUUAUAUCUUUGACUUCCAUCAAGGUCACCUAUUCUCUGCAUUAGUCUGCCUUGCACUUCAAAAGUCAUGUCCGCCCCGCCAAGAAACCCUCCAUUCCGAGCAGAGCACAUUGGGUCUCUGCUCAGGCCAGACGAACUUGUCAAGAAGCGAUAUGCUGUUGCUGAUGGCUCCGCCAAGCCAGAGGAGCUCGUUCCGAUCGAGCAACAGGCUAUCAAAGAUAUUGUUAACCUUCAGCAAGAAUGUGGGAUCCACUCGAUCACCAAUGGCGAGUACAGUCGCCAUCAGUUCUGGGGUACUUUCAUGGAGACUUUGAAUGGCAUGGAGGAGAUCAAUCUUCGUGAGGGAGGAUAUGAUCAGUCCAUCUUUCGAGCCUAUGCGCCAGAUGUGAAGUCCUUCAUGCACGCAAAGACGAUCCCAAACCAAGUCACUGUCGCCGCAGGCAAACUUUCUCACACCGGAAAGUCGACUUUUCUUCCAGAACUUGAGUACCUAAAGAGCGUUUUGCCAGAGGACCAAUGGUCGAAGAUCAAGCUCACCAUAACGAGUCCUUCGUGGUACCACUUUAGAUAUGGCCCGAACAAGGCCUAUCUGCCAGGCGUAUACGCAAGCGACGACGAAUAUUUCGCGGACCUUGCCAAAGCGUACCAAGUCGAACUCAAAAUACUCUACGAUGCAGGACUUCGCAAUGCUCAGGUCGAUGACCCGAAUCUGGCUUACUUCUGCUCCGAAGCCAUGCUCGAAGGCUGGAAGAACGACAAAGAGAAUUUUCAAACUGCCGACGAACAACUGGAUGCAUACAUCAAAUUCUACAACGAGUGCUUGAAAGUUCCAGAAGAUUUCCACAUGGGCAUUCACUUGUGCAGAGGAAAUUACAUGGGAAGCAAGCACUUCUCCGAAGGAGCGUACGACCGAAUUGCCACGAAGCUCUUUAAUGACCUCAAUGUGUCGACUUACUACCUCGAAUACGACACUGAGCGGGCUGGUGGGUUCGAGCCAUUGAAGUAUUUGCCUAAGCAUAAGAAUGUUGUGCUUGGUGUGAUUACUUCCAAGUUUCCGGAGUUGGAGAAUCAGAAGGAUAUGGUUGAAAGAGUAUACAAGGCUGCCGAUUUCGUUGCGGAAGGAUCUGUUCAAACACGAGAGCAGGCAUUGAACCAAUUGUCAGUCUCUCCACAAUGUGGAUUCGCUUCGCAUGCGGAAGGCAACUCAUUGCAACGCGAGGAUAUGAAGAAGAAGCUGCAGCUUGUGAGGAGCAUAGCGGAUGAAGUCUGGUCCGGCCAGCCUUAGAUACGUCUUUCUGAAGUCCUUCGAGCUUCAACAGCCUAUGCUAAGCAGUAUAGUUGGAACGCCGAUUCGUCGCGAAUAACAUUCGUCUGCGUCACAAGGAGGCCAGC